AUGCCGAAUCUAAUGCGCAAUCUAGCAUGGCCGCUGUGGCUGCGACGGGCAGGCUGGGAGUACUUGAUCGUCUUCCGCUGCUGUUGCGCGUUGUUCGGCUGCAUUUUGUUAUUGAUUAUACAGCCGUCACUGGAACUACUCACAUUCCUAGCAUUUCUUCCCGUUAUCAUAUUCUACGUCAAGCCUCCUGCGGACCUGGUCGUGAUAUGGAUCACCCACACUCUCGUCGGCGGUGUGGUGCUAAUGACGACAUGGGCAUGGUGUACCCUCGGGUUCAAGGCGGCUGACCUGGUCCGCGAUCAUGAUCUUGACAGACAGAUCGCCACUCAACUGGUCGGCGCGCAAAAUUUGACAACGCAACCAAGUCAAGCACAGAUCUUUGCUAUCCUUACGCCAUACGCGUUUCAAGGCGUUUUCGUCCAGCCGAGACCGUCAGCCAUCUGGGGAGCCUUCAUUUUUGUCAAUGUUUUCUGGGUCUGGUUGAUUCGUGCAUAUCGGAUCCGCUACUUCUUCGUCAUGGUCCUGGCGGGAAUUCUAGUGCUGAUUUACGGCACCAUCGGACCGUUGGUCCCAUCUUUCGCUCCGAUCGACAUUGGAAGGCUUUACCUGAUCCCGCUUGGACAGUAUUUGGCGAUCGGAACUUUCUGCGCAUGUUUUAUCCUGCCGACUUCUGUCUCAGGAACGGUACUUCGUAGCUCGGAAGCCCUUUUCGACCACAAGAUAAGCCUGCUCAACCAUGUUGUGGGCACUCUAUCGGCAGUGGAGAACAUCCGCGAUACAGAGGCUCUGCAGCUUCACGUUGACGAACGACAUACGGAGCUCAUUGAUCUUCGUCUGACUGGCGAGCCACUACUAUUGAAGCUUGAGCCUUUGACUAACUAUCUGGUCCUCGAGCCCGCUUUCACCCGCAUCGCACCAUUUCAUGUGCUACAGUUCUGGCGCGUGCAGUCAGCCAUUAGCAUUUCCCUCCAAUCGAUUGUCCUCUUCUCCAAUGCACGCAACCAAAGUUUCAAAGGCGAUCAAUGGGAUAGAAUGGCCGAAGACAAGAUUCUGAUGCAAGAGUUUGCCGAGGUUCGUCGAACUGCGACUCACUUGAUCAAGACCAUUAUUGUUGGCUUGGAAGUCGGCCGAGAUUUUUGCAAUUCAGCUUCGCCAUUCAUUUUACAUUCGACCCUGAGCCAUGCCAAACGAGAAGACCUUCUCUCGCGCGCAGUGGAGGCCCGAACUUACAUCCAUGCGCAAGUUGCAGGUGUGCAAAAGGCGAUCACUGAGCUCGAAGAUCCUGUCGAAGCCUCGACGACACCCGUCGGCACUAGAGUGGAGACGCACGAAGCCACAAAUGCGACCCUCGUCAACUCAGCGGAUGCAAAUGGAAUCACGGGCUCCGACCGAGAAAUGAGCGUCACCGACGACACAAGCCUUAGUGAGGACAUGGGCGUGACUGAAAAGAUAAGCUCUAGCGAGGAAACGAGCGCGAGUGAACCCACAGAUCUCGGCGAAAAGACCAGCGCAAAAAUUCAUAUUGCAGAUCUCCUCAAUCGUCGUGCAAUGGACCGAGUACACCUUCGUGGUCUACUAACGAUCUGCGCAGAUGUAGAGAGUUCUCUUGUAGUCAUUCAACAUUUGCUCGAGCAGCCAAUACGCCUGCACUGGAACAUCUUCAAUAUCGGCGCCACCUCUACUUUAGCAGAGCUCGCCUCGAAUGGAUCAUAUACCGCUUCAAACAGCCAAUCUGUCAUCCCCAGACUGCUACGCGUACUUUUCUCCUUAGAGAGGACAGGCAGUGAACCGACCUUCAGAGAUCUGAGCAAGUCUCGACAUAGUACGGAGCUGUUGACUGAUCCUGAAAGCUCUUCACCAUCACAGUUUGACUACCCUCCUCAUGGCGUUAAGCCGUCUAUCUUGCGGCGCAUAUCUCCACGUUCAAGUCUACUGCAGCAUUUGACAAGUCCCCAAAUCAUACUGUCCUUCAAAGUCGCUGUCCUCGCUGUAGCACUGUCCAUCCCGGCCUUCAUCAAAUCGAAUAACAGCGCCAAGUUCUACUACGAGCAGAAGGGAAUUUGGGCCGCCGUGACAGCUAUAUUUGCGACACACAUGUUCGCCGGCGAGACUCUCUUCGGUUUUGUGGCCAGGGUCGUAGGUACCUUUAUUGGCGCCUUGCUCGGACUUGUCUGCUGGUAUAUCUCGGCGGGUAGCGGCACCGCAAAUCCCUAUGGACUUACCGCAAUUGUCACAGUUGUCUUCUCUAUCCUGGUACCGUACCGACUCUAUUCAUCGAAUUUCAUCGUCGCAGUCACUGUCACUACGACUGCGACUUUGGUAGUCGGAUAUAGCUAUAUCGACGCGAAGCUCAAUCCCUCGCUCAAUCCCGGCUAUGGAUGGGAUGUGACUUGGAAGCGAUUAGUUGUCUCCUUCAUAGGUCUUCUGGCUGCAUUUCUUGUCGGGUCUUUGCCACAGCCAACAUCGGUACACAAGCAUGUUUGCCGCGUUCUUUCUUCGACGAGUAAUGAGUUGGGUCAUCUACUGUCCCUCUCAUCAACCCUAGCGGAACACAUCACAAGUGGUGCCGGCCUCAAUGAGAUGAAUGGAAAUAACGAAGAGGGUACAGUCCCCGCAACGGGAGGUAUGCGUGUCAUGAUGCAGCAGGAUACCUAUCCAGAGCUCUUUGCAGAACGUACACUUUUCCAAGGUUUCAACAUUGUCUUGAGCAUUCGACGGAAGCUGGGCUAUAACCGACAGAGACUCGCACUCACGAAGCUCGAGUACACACGGCAUGCUUCGAUACUCCCGGGACACGAUCAGCUAAAGAUGGUGAUGGACCUCCAAGUCGAAGCGUGCGACCUUCUGGGACUAUUCUUGUUCCAGUUGCAGUCAUGUGGUCCUGAUGACGCCGCCCUUGUUCUCGAGCAAGUCCGGAGAUGCAGCAGCAAAGGCCGUACUGCCAUCAACGCGGCGCUUCAGUUAACUUUGAGAACGUCCUUCAGCCUCCGCAGCCGGAAAGCUUACCGCGAUACGAUUUUCAACGACAGCAGCAACCCGAAUGCAAUUUCGCCUGAAGAAUGCGAGCGUAUUCUAGUUGAUUUCACCCUUGAUCGGAAGUCCCUGACGCCUGUAGUAUUGGAGUCCAAACUAUCAGAGCAAGUCGAGAAACCAAUGUUGCUGUCUGUUGCGGCAGAGGCAAGUCUUUCGGCCCUCACUUCGGCUCUUCGAUGUAUCGGAAAGAUUGAGGACUUGACCCAUGUCGACCUCACAUGA